AUGACAAAGGAGAAACAAGAGAUGGAGACAGAAACUGGAAGUGCUGAGGAGGAUGAGAUGAAUGAAAGGCCAAAGUGGGACAAUAAAGUUCAAUAUUUGUUAACCUGCAUAGGUUUUGCUGUGGGACUUGGUAAUGUGUGGAGAUUUCCAUAUUUGUGUCAGAUCUAUGGUGGAGGGGCGUUUCUGAUUCCUUAUGUCAUUGCCUUGGUGUUUGAGGGACUUCCUCUGUUGCACAUGGAGCUGGCCAUCGGACAACGGCUCCGCAUGGGAAGUGUUGGAGUCUGGAACUCAAUAUCCCCAUAUUUGGGAGGUUUAGGUGUGGCUUCCAUGGCAGUAUCCUUCCUAGUUGGUCUGUUCUACAACAUGAUCUUAGCCUGGAUCCUCUGGUACUUCUUCCACUCCUUUCAAAGUCCACUACCCUGGAGGGACUGCCCAAUAAACUUGAAUCAUACUGGGUAUGUAACCGAAUGUGAAAAGAGCUCACCAGUGAACUAUUUUUGGUAUCAUGAAACACUGAACAUAACACCAGACAUCGAGACCAGUGGGUCCUUACAGUGGUGGCUCGUGUUGUGUCUUGCAUCUGCUUGGUGCCUUGUGUACAUCUGCUUCAUACGUGGAAUUGAGACCAUAGGAAAAGCCAUUUACGUCACGGCCACUUUUCCAUAUCUUGUUCUGACGAUCUUCUUGGUCAGAGCCUUGACUCUGUCUGGGGCAAGUGAUGGCUUAAUAUAUCUCUUCACUCCGAAUUGGGAAACCCUGAAGAAUCCUAAAGUCUGGUUGGAUGCUGCUACUCAGAUCUUUUUCUCUUUGUCUUUGGCCUUUGGGGGACUUAUUGCUUUUUCCAGUUAUAAUGCUCAGAAGAAUAAUUGUGAGAGAGAUGCCCUAAUUGUUGGAUGUGUGAACAGUUUUACAUCGAUAUAUGCAUCAAUUCCUAUUUUUGCCAUUCUUGGAUUUAAAGCAAAUGAAAACUACAACGAUUGCCGAAAUUGGAACAUACUAAGACUGACAAAUGCAUUUAACAUUGGGGAUGAAAACAUAACUCUUGAAAACUAUGAUCACUGGUUAAACUAUCUCAAUGGAACUGAUCCGUCAGAGGUCGAAAGCCUCAGUCUAAAAACCUGCAAUCUUCAGACUUUCCUUGACCAGAGCGCUUCUGGAACUGGACUGGCCUUCAUUGUGUUCACUGAGGCGGUGAUAAGAAUGCCAGGCUCUCAGGUAUGGGCGGUGCUGUUCUUUGUAAUGCUCUUCAGCCUGGGCCUGUCCUCCAUGUUUGGAAAUCUAGAGGGGGUCCUCACUCCUCUGCUGGACCUGCACAUGGUUCCACCCUGGCUUCCUAAGGAGAUUUUCACAGGGUUAAUAUGUCUCAUAUCCUUUACUGUGGCUCUCAUCUUUACUCUGGGAUCUGGAAACUACUGGCUGGAGAUAUUCAACAGCUACGUGGGAUCCAUGCCUCUGCUCAUCAUAGCAUUCUUUGAGAUCAUCAGUGUGGUUUACAUCUAUGGAAUAAAUAGGUUUAAUGACGACAUUGAAUGGAUGACAGGUCGGAGGCCGAACAUCUACUGGCAGGCUACUUGGCGCUUCAUCAGCCCUUUCAUGCUACUCGUGGUUUUUGUUGCAUACGUUGUGAUUGAGGCAGAAAAACGACCGACAUAUAGCGCCUGGAACCCAGAUUACGUGAACUUCCCCCUCGCUGAUGUUCUGCACUAUCCUGAAUGGGUUUUUGUUAUCUGUGUGCUCCUAUCUGUCCUUCCUGUCGUGUCCAUUCCUCUUGUGGCUCUCUACAGAUUCAUCGGUUUCCUGAAGAAGUACAUCAUGGACAGGCACAAUCAAAACCCAUACGCAAUUGAAUUCUGUAAUGGAGAAUUUUAA